AUGGGUCCUAAUUAUAUGAUGAUGGUAGUACUUGAUCUGAUAAUAUUAAUGGUGAUAAUUUGCUUUUCAGUAUCUUUUGGUGCCAUGCAACCAAAACCUAACUGCAAUGAAAGUUGUGGCAGUGUCAAAGUCCCUUUCCCAUUUGGGAUGAACCCGGAUUGCUUUCUACACGAUCAAUUUCUUGUCACUUGUAACAACUCCUCUCAACCUCCCCAGCUUUUUGUCCAAAGCAGCAAUAUUGAAAUCACAAACAUAUCUCUCGUUGGGCAACUAAACAUCCAACAUUUCAUAGCCAGAGAUUGUUACGGUAAUGGGACAGGGACGGACGGAAACAGCGUAUCGAUAUUAUUACCAUCAUUCUUAACUGUGAACUCCACCGCGAAUAAGUUCAUCGCAAUUGGUUGUGACACAUAUGCCAUUGCUCAGGGUUUGUUUUUGUAUAAAUCUGGCAAACCACACUCCUAUACAACAGGAUGCGCGUCCAUUUGCGAUAGUAUGGAGGAUGCUGCUAAUGAUGGUGAGUGUUCUGGGGUUGGUUGCUGCCAGACAUCCAUCCCUGGGCGAGCAUGGAAUGUCACCAUAAGCCUAAGCAGCUACAAUGAUUAUCCUUAUGUGGAAGGCAGCCCUAGUAAUAAUUGCAGCUAUGCUUUUGUAGUCGAAGAACGUGCUUUUAAUUUUUCUAAGAAUUACCUCAGCAGUUUGCAGAACAAAGAGAAGCUUCCUCUUGUGGUAGAUUGGGUAAUUGGUAAUGGAACAUGUGAAAUAGCUAAGAAAAACUCGAUUACAUACGCAUGUAAGAGUGAAAACAGUAAUUGUCAUGAUAAUUCAAAUGGAUAUCGUUGUUUCUGCAUGCACGGAUAUGAUGGGAAUCCAUACUUGGAAGAUGGCUGCCUAGAUAUCGACGAAUGUAUAGAUCGGAAACCAGAUUAUAGGUGUGCCAAAGAUGCCAUUUGCAAGAAUACAGAAGGGAAUUAUACAUGCACGUGCCCUCCAGAUUUCAGUGGUGAUGGUACUGAGUGCAGUCGUGACAAUCCUCAGAGAAAAAUUCGUGAUAAUCUUGCUAUAGGUGUCACAGUAGGGGCUGCUUUUCUGAUUCUUAUAGUUUGUGGCUGGUCAUACACUGGAUUCCAAAGAAGAAAGAUGUUAAUGAUGAAGAAGAAGUUUUUCCAAGAAAAUGGUGGAUUAGUUCUACAGCAACGACUCACCGGGCAAGAGGGAUCAAGUAAUACUAACACAAUAAAGAUUUUCACAGCGGAAGAGCUAGAAAGGGCAACUAAUGACUUUGACAAAGAUAGAGUUAUUGGUCAAGGAGGUUAUGGAACUGUGUACAAAGGAUAUCUGAAAGAUAAUCGCAUCGUUGCCAUCAAGAAAUCGAAGGUAAUUGAUCGCAAUCAGAUUGAGCAAUUCAUAAAUGAAGUCAUUGUCCUCUCCCAAAUCAACCAUAGGAAUGUGGUUAAGCUCUUAGGUUGUUGCCUAGAGACAGAAGUUCCACUAUUGGUGUAUGAAUUUAUCAACAAUGGAACACUUUCUGAACAAUUACAUGAUAAAGUAAAGGCCUCCACUCUUUCUUUGGACAUUCGUCUGAGAGUUGCUGCAGAAACUGCUGGAGUACUUUCAUACUUGCACUCAGCCGCUUACCCUCCUAUCAUCCACAGAGAUAUCAAGUCUGUCAACAUUCUUCUAGACAAAAGCUAUACAGCCAAAGUGUCUGAUUUCGGAGCAUCCAGAUUGGUUCCUGCUGAUCAGACAGAGUUAUCUACAUUGGUUCAAGGAACUCUAGGAUAUCUAGAUCCUGAAUACUUGCAAACAAAUCAACUAACUGAAAAAAGUGAUGUAUACAGUUUCGGAGUAGUGCUUGCAGAGCUCCUCACUGGGAGAAAAGCUCUAUGUUUUGAUAGACCCGAGGAAGAAAGAAAUCUAGCUAAAUAUUUCACAUCUUCAGUGGAGAAGGGUCAUUUGUUUGAUAUUCUAGAUGCCAAUAUAGUUUGCGAUGAGAGAAGUACAGGGCAAUUGAAAAAAGUUGCUAUGCUUGCACAGAGAUGCUUAAAUGUUAAAGGGGAGGAUAGACCUACAAUGAAGGAUGCUGCAGCAGAAUUGGAAGCUGGAUCGAGAUUGAAGCACUCAUGGGCUCUAACUGAUCAAAAUUCGGAGGAGACAGAAUCCUUACUGCAGCCGUUGGGAUUUGGAUACGAACAAAGUGAACGCAGUAUCCAUAUUGAUAGCAUAACGAGCCAUAUAACUUUACCACUUCCUGGAGGAAGGUGAUCGAUCAUGCAUGCACGGCUUCAACAUGGCUUUCUUUCUCUUUUGGGCACGUUAGAAAUAGUAAUUAAUUAUAUUUAGUUUUAUCUUUUUCAUUUGUCCAAAGAUAAUAAAUUUUAGUAACAAAUUAGUGCCAA